AUGUCAAGACGGAAAGGUAGGCGGUUUUCUGGGCUAUCGAACAACAUAAAAUUCAUAUUUUAAUUUUCUAAAAUACGCUUGAAAUUUGAGGGAGAAUGGAAUUUCGAGCCAAAAAAUCUUUUUCGAAAAAUAUUUUUUAAAUUCGUUAAACGCUUUUCAGCGCGUAUUUUAUGACAGUUUGUCUGGCUUUUGGGCGUCUAAACUUAAAUUUAGGUAGUUUUAUGUUGGUUGCUCAAAUUUUAAUUGGAAAAUUUGAGUUUGCCAUUGAAAAUGCAAAUUUUUCGACCAAUUUUUAAAAUAUUUUAUUUUUCUCAAUUUCUUGCGUGAAAUUCUUCUUUUUUUUGCCUCGAAAUUUGCAUAAAUGAGUAGUCUACGUUGUCAUGUGGAUUUUGCUUUAUAAAAUAUUUAAAUUUUGGGUAAUAAAAGUAUUUUACACUUUUGUCAAGCGAAUCUUUUCCCAAAUCCUAUCAUAAUAUAAUAUUUGCGGGUCUCGGGUGUAGACGCUUCUAUUUUUAGUAGUUUUGUAUCUAACUGUUGUGUUCAGCUCCUAAAAAGUACAUGUUAUGCAAUAACUACGUGACAAACCAAGAAGGCAUAUUAAAAAAUGGAUUUAUGGGACCACCAGCGACCGUCACCAAGAAGGGCGGCCGCUCACUGAGGAAUUUGAAUCCGAGGAAAGCGAUUCGAGUUGUUAUUACGAACAGUCAGAACAAGGAGAAUGGACAAUCCAGUAUUACGUGCUACUCGACCAGGGUCACGACGGGUAUGGAGAAAGAUGAGGAAAAGGUAAGGUUUAGGGAGGGUUGGGGGAUUUUUGGAUUUUUUUGGUUUUAUAGUGAUUUUUAAAUGUUAAAGUCGUUUUUUGUUAUUUAUAGGUAGUAGUUUACCUUGAUCUAUUUAAACGUUAAGUUUUUCAGCUAAAAGUUACCUAAAAUUUGAUGUUAACAAAGCUUAAUAUUAAAAUUAGCGAUAUACUUCAUUGAAACACGGAAAAUAGACAAGACUUUGUUAUUUUAUAGCUAAAUAUCAUUAUAUACUAAAUUUAUACAUCUAGUUUCAACACUUACAUUGAUCUCACUUUAGGAACUUCAUCUCCAAGUUGCGAUGCAGACCCAGAAGGCGUCGUUAGGUGGAACCCUAAAGAACGCAUCAGCAAUCCCGAUACCAAAAGUACAGAACGUUGACCAAACCGAAUAUUCACGUUUUCGACCGGUCAGGCCGCGAAUACGGAACGACGAGAAAUGGAUAAAGGCUGUAUCGUCUACAGACUACUGUAUGAACAGUGAGACGUACGAGAUGGACGAGGAAGAUAGUGAAUGGCUGGAGAGGAUGCGGACGGACAAUUCAUAUCGACUAUCGGACGACGAGUUUGAGAACUUGAUGACGACGAUUGAGAACAACUCCAGGAAGAAGGUGAUCAGUAUGGCAGCGAUGUUCGUGAAACAGCCUUCGGUCAGUAGGGAGAUCAUAACAUUGAUAUACGAUUAUUGGUUGGACAAACGACUGGUAAGUGAUACUUGAAUUUAUUUUGGGGUUUUAAUUAAAGGGUUUAAUCAAGGUUGUUGUUGUGUGUGUUUAAGUUUUGAUUUUGCUAUAUCUUCGUUUUUAAAACACUGUUUUAGGUAACAAAUUUUUAAGUAUAAGAAUUUUUAGUUUAAUGUAGCUUAAAGUAAUAUAAAAUAUCUAUUUAAAAUUCAAAUUUUAGCGUUUAUGCAAAACCAGUUUUCCCAGUGCAUCGCUAAUACCGGUGGUACCAACAGAAGGUGACUAUGAAGAUAAGAAUCCAUAUGUGGCAUUCCGGAAACGUGAAACGGUAAGGUUUUGAGGAUAUUUGGGAUGAUGCCGUAUUUUACCUUACCUUCAGUAGUAAUUUUCUGUAUUUAAUGCAUAAUUUGUCUAGUUUUGAGCUACUUUUAGUAUUAGAUAAUUUGUAUUUUUAAUUGUUUUAUGUGUUUAUAGGAUAUACGAAGGAGAUCCACUAGGCUUGCUUUUAAUCAGACCAUAAUGGCACUGCAGAACGAUGAGGUAAGUUGUUUACUUAUGUUUAUUAAGUUCAAGUAAUUCUGUGCUCCUUAACUCUGUAAAUUUGCUUUGAUAGGAACACAGAAUUAUUUAAACAACCUAAUACUUACUUUUAUAUGAUUUUUUUUAUUUUUGCGAGAGUUUUUCGAUACUUUUGGUUCUUUCUUUAACAAAGGACAGAGAAGACAAUCUUAAAGCUUUUGGAUAUGAAAAACUAAAUUUCUAUCUAAAUUCACGUAUUUUAGAACCAAAAGAACCCAGAAACAAUAGCAGUGGAGCGAGAAGAAGCAAUGGAACGUUUGAGGCACAGCGUGAACCAAUUCUCGGAAAUGGACGGUGAUUACGCCUUCAAACGACUCCGUUCUUCAGCGUACCUCGAGCCCUCUGAUAGCACAGCGCACGACGAACUGAUGCUACUCGAUCACCGGACUAAACUGGUACCGCAGAAAGAGGUACAAAAGUCUCUGGUCAUUAAACAGAUCGAGAAGAGUCCGAAACGACCAAGGCUGGAGAAUGGCGUGGAGCAUAUGGAGCAUGACGGAUCAGGUAGGAGGAUGUCUUGGAUUGUGCUUAGAAUGCUCAAUUUUUUGUAAAAAUUUAAAUUAUAAUAAAAUUUGUUAAAUUGGUGGUGAUUAUGGUGCACCCAUGGUGUAAUUAUAUACCUUUAGUAGUUUAGUAUAAUGUCUUUGAUAUUUUUGGGAGCUUAGAUAUAUGUGGUUACCUAAAAUAUGGCCAUAUUUUGCAUUAUAACAAUUUUAAUAGUUUUUUUUGAUAUUGUAGUAGCUUAAACACGAGAUUUUUGGCUUUGUUCUUUAAAAUAUCAUGAGCUAGGUUCUAAAGAUAAAGACUUAUAAUUUUUGUUACCUAAAAUGAGAUCAAUUUAACAAGCCUAACUCUUUUCAGAGCCUUCAACCUCGACUUCCAUUUACGUCGGUCCUCGAACCCUACCAUUGCUCAAAGUCCUAAUCAGUACGGGAUUCACCAGCACGUCUGCUGCAACGCCGGAACCGGUAACAGAACCAACUACAUCUGAUGAUAACGUGGCAACAAUAUCAGAUAAUAACGUGGCGGACGAGCCUUGUACAUCUUCCUCCUUGAAACCUCUUGAUAAUGCGGGUGAUAAUCUGCCUUCCGGCUAA